CUAAAGGAGGAAGCAAAAAGGUGUUGGAAGAGGCAGCGACGGCGGACUUGGAAAUAAAAGAAAUAAACAAGUUAACCGAAGAAGUUAUCCAGACUCCUUUAAAGAUCAUCAAGAAAGUGGAAAAAUCUAAACAGGAUAUUGAAGCUAUUGAAGAAGAGGCAGAGCCUCCUUUGCUUCCUCUAGCAAAGAAAGCAAAACACGAUAGCCAAUGUCUUCCAGAGCUAGAAGCUGAAAACAUUAAUCCAAGAACUGCAAAGGUGAAGGCAUCCACUAAAAAAGUGCCAGUGUCCCGGAGCAGAAGACCUCCUUCAGCGAGAGUGAAGCGCAUGAGUAAAAGAUCAAGCAAAAACAACUUUAUCACUCCAGCUACUGGUAGAAUUGUCGAUCUCUGUGCUCAAGGAGGUACCUCCAUGGUCACGCCCAAGUUUGAUUCCAGAAUUUUCAAGACGCCGGGUUUGCGCACACCCGCAGUAAACGAACGUGUUUACACCAUCUCCGCCAAUGGCAGCCCCCUUGCCGACAGCAGCGAUAUCUUCAUUACAGUCCCUGUUGGAGGAGGGGAGAGCAUUCGUUUAACAGCAAAUGAUUUGACCAGGAAGAAUCUUCUUCAUCUGAAUCCAGAGGCCCAAGGAAUUAUGAAGAAGCUAUCGGUUCGUCUCGCACAAGCUUGCAGUGCUACAAAAACCCAUAGAUGA